GUGCUCAUCAUGGCUGUCGAAAACGAACGGAAUCCACGAUCGAAGGCUCUGGAAGACGCUCUUCGAGAUGCCGGCUCGGAGAUUAACAUCGAUGCACUUCUGGACGUCCUGCAAGCGGUCGUGGUGGACUGUGAUGGUCCGGCUCUGAGACGGGUUAAGAAUAUCGAAAGUUUCCUCGACCGGUACCAUAGCAAGAGUCGGGAGAUCACGAAAUGGCGGACGAACGACAAAGAUUUCGAUGUCCUGAAAACCAUCGGCAAAGGAGCUUUUGGCAUGGUGCAGCUGGUACGCCACCUACCGACAAGGAAGAUUUACGCGAUGAAGAUGCUCAAUAAACAAGAGAUGGUGAAGAGAAGUGAACCGACAUGCUUCUGGGAAGAACGCUACAUCUUAGUCAACGCCAAUUCGGAGUGGAUCGUGAAGCUAUACUACGCAUUCCAGGACGUCAAGUACCUCUACAUGGUCAUGGACUACAUGGCUGGAGGAGACCUCGCGACGCUGAUGGACGGUUACGACUUCACCGUGCAAUGGGUUCGCUUCUAUUGUGCGGAGAUGAUCUUAGCUGUCGACAUAAUCCACAAGAUGGGAUUCGUGCACAGAGAUGUCAAGCCGGACAACAUGCUCUUGGAUUCAUCCGGACAUCUGAAAUUGGCGGAUUUCGGCACCUGUACCCGGAUGGGAGCAGAUGGACUUGUCCGGUGCGAUGUACCCGUGGGAACUCCCGAUUACAUAUCCCCAGAGGUAUUGCGGGCCCAGGAGCAGGGCAAGGGGUUCGGGAAGUACGGCCGAGAGUGUGACUAUUGGUCGAUCGGAAUCUGCUUGUACGAAAUGCUUUGCGGGGUCACACCAUUCUACCACGAGUCAUUGUCGUUCACCUAUGCAAACAUCAUGAACCAUCAAAAUUCAUUAGCGUUCCCCGAUCCCGAUGAGGUGACACUGAGCGAAGCUGCGAAAAGUUUGAUCUGUUCGUUUCUCUGCGACUGCUCAGUGCGGCUUGGUAAGAACGGGAACGAGGAAAUCAAAGCUCACCCAUUUUUCAUCAACGAUGUGUGGACUUUUGAUAACAUCAGGGAGACCCCCGCUCCGGUGGUGCCCGAACUGCGGUCGGACGACGACUCGUCCUAUUUUUGCACGCCCGACGAUGACAACAAGCACGAACAAGGUUCUUUCGAGCCGUCGAGUGAGUUCGAGGCGAAUCAUCUUUGCUUCGCUGGAUUCACGUACACGAGGGACAAUCCCCUUUUCAAGCCGAUGCUCGAGGAAAAAGGAGCAGCUCAUAACCCCGACAUUGUACAAAGCAGGAUUUCGAGCGAAGGUCGGGAGAAGGUCGGACAGCUCCUCAAUGAGAACCAGGAGCUGACCCGCCUGAUUUCGACGACUCGGGGCGAGCUCAUGGAGCAGCAGCGCAAACUCGAUGUGGAGAUCGAGCUUCGGACCAGAGCCGAGAAUAAGGUGAUGGACCUCAUCACGCGCCUCGAGCAGGAACAGAUGUCGAAGGUUCAGCUCGCUCAGAGCUCUCAUCACCUGAACGAACGACUAGCCUUCUACGAGCGCCAGCUCAAGGACGCGAAGGAUAAACUGGCAUUGGAGACCGAGUUGGCUGUCAAACUCAAGAAGAAGAACUCGGAACUGACGAAGAACGUCACAGUAUUCGACACGACAGUUCGCGAUCUGAAAGAGAAACUCAGUCAGCUAUACAAUAGGUGCGGAACCCAGGAGAGGGAUAUGGCCAAUCUCAAUCUGCAAUUGGAUCAGGAAAGACAGCUCACCGUGAAAGCUACCGAACGCGCACAGGAAAUACAAAAUCGAUAUACGGAGUUGACGGAGGAAAUGGAGCGUUUGCGCCGAGGAUAUAGUGAAAGGAGUCAGGAGAUCAAGGGUCUCGAGGAGAAACUCGCUUCCAAGGAAAAACAGGAGGCCGUUCUUGAACUCGAGUUGAAGAACGCUCUCGGCAGGUAUGAGGCCGAAGCAUCUUCUCUGCGGAGAGAAAUGGCCUCCCUAACUGAUGAGAACAAACAACUCAUGAACUCGAGCGAGGAAGCCACCGCUGUCCAGGCAAUCAGGGACAAGCUGCAGGACGAGGUCGAUGAGAAACAAAAAGUUAUUCAGCGAUUACAAGAAACCGAGAAACACGUCUCAGUUCUACAAGUCGACCACAAACAGAUGCAACAGCAGCUCUCGAAACAGCAAGCUGACCACACCGCUCAAACAGAGAGAAUUCAGCAGUUGACAAGAGAUGUGGAAGAGGAGAGACUUCGGAGGGGUCACCUACAAACCGAAAUCAAUCACCUCGAGAUCGAAGUGUCUCGACUGGUCCGGCUCGAAAGUCAACUCCAGAUCGAGAAGCGCGAACUCGAGGGAGCCGUUACUCAUUUCCAACAGGAACUUUCUACCUUAAAAGCAACGCGCGACACUCUCACUAUGCAGGUGGCGGAUCUCAACGAAAAUCUUGAAACCGAGAGCAGCUUCCGCGUUAUCUACAAGAAAGAGUGCGAGGACCUCCAAGAAGAGCUCGAGGGCAAAACUAAAGCUCUUCAAGAACUCGUAGAAGAGAAGGAUCGGGAAGAGGAAAAGUUCAAGAAACAGAUCGAAACCCUGGAGCGCGAAAAGACACGGAGCCAUGAGGAACGAUCCGUUCUGGAGAAAGACAAACUCGAUCUGGAGAUAGAGAAAUGCAAAAUGCAGGCGGAGAAAGAGAGUCUCCUCAGGCAGCUGAACGAGAGCAAAGAGAAGCUUGAGAAAACUCUGAGUGAAUGCGGAGAACUGCGUGACAAAGUCAAUGAGGCUUCGAAUCAGAACGUCAACAACAAUAACAACAGUAAAAACAUCAAUAACAAUGACGACGCCGAUUUCGAGAGUCAGAUCGAGAUAUUGAAUCAGAAACUGGCGAAAGAAAAAGUUCUCACCCAGCAAGCUGUGAAUAAACUGGCUGAGGUGAUGAACAGGAAGUCCUCGGUCACGGCGGCCUCCGCACCCACGAAAGCCGGGGUCAACAGAACCGCUGAAUACAAAAAGAAGGAGAAGCAAUGCCGUCAACUCGAACAGGAUCUUUCGAAUUUGAAACUCCGACACCGCACUCUGAACGCGGACUUGGAAAAAGCACGGUAUGAGCUCGAUGUCGCCAAGACCGAAGAGGAGAAGACUCGGACUAGCAUGCAGGAGCUCCUCGAUCAGAAAGACAGAGAGCUCGAAGCGCUCAGAGCUCAACUGGAAAUCAAAUCAGGCUUGCAGAAUCCGGGGAGUCUCAGCAGCCUGACGGACAUUCUCGACGAGGAUUUGACUCGAAAAGACGGUUGGCUCUCGGUGCCUAUCCGACAAAACAUCAAGCGAUACGGCUGGAAGAGGCAAUGGGUCGUUGCCACAAGUCAGAAAAUCAUGUUUUUCAACCAAGAGCAUGAUUACGGAAACGUGGAGCCUAUAUUAUCUUUGGAAAUUAGCAGACUCUUUCAUGUGCGGUCCGUGACACAGGGAGACGUCAUUCGUGCCAAUUCCGACGACAUACCCAAAAUCUUCCAAGUACUUUAUGCCGAUGAAAGAGAGCAGCGCAAAGAAGCAGAACUGGCUCUCUCAGUCACGGAGUAUAAAAACCACCAGAUGGUCCCUAUAACUUUCUACAUGCCCACGUCGUGUGACAUCUGUCAGAAACAAUUGUGGUCCAUGAUGCGGCAUCUUCCUGCAUUGGAGUGCCGCUUGUGUCGGGUGAAAAUCCACAAGGAGCACGUCGAUAAGGACAAAGAAGAUAAUAGCUUAGCUCCAUGCAAGGUCAAAUGGCUGCCUUCGAAGGAUCCUGCCCGAGAUCUGCUCUGUUUAGCAGAAAACGACCGGAUUCAGGGCGAUUGGGUGAAGUUUCUCUCAGUGCUGAUCCAGAAAGGGGGUUUCACAGCUCAAGAAAGAGCAAGAGUUCGAUCUCUUGGGAGGUCAGCUACUAAGGGCCGGGCUUGAAAGAAGCUUAUCGAUAUGACCAGACACACAUAUAUCCUUGCCAAUGAAUUUUGUAAUGUUUGACUCGUCCCAACGAGUGAUUGGCUUGUACAAUUUAUGGCUCACGUUCACUUUGAAGAUGGAGAAGAACGAAAACGAGUGCGAGUGCCCCCCUUCAACCGCAGGAAAUCUUUUUACGAAAAGGAAGUUGUUGCCAUGUAUUGACUAGGAGACGUCUUAAACAUUAAGUGCCUUACUAGGUAUUCAACCGAGUGAUAUAUAUACAGAGAUCGAAACGGAUAUUAAAUGGAAGUAUUUU